AUGAAGGGUAUAUUGUCCGCGCUGCGGGAGUGCGAGAUGGGGGGCCCCGUGCUCGCGAAGGCGACUUGCCUGCUCCAGGAGUCCUCCAAGGACGGAGUCGCCGACGAGAAGAUCCAGCUCGCCAUCAAACAGUUGGAGGACAAACGACUGCCCGGCCUGGUGCGUACCGAGGCGGAGGGCGCCGUGCAUGCGACCGUCUCCAACUUCCACCUUCUGUCUGGGAUGGCCGUUGUCGACACGCUGGAGGAGUCGCUGCAGAACGUUGCCGAGGCCUGCGAGAUCUGCAGCCCGAUCGCGCUUGAGCGAAAUUCGGGGGCGAUCAACGACUGGCUCAUGAAGAUCAUCGGCUGCUUGACGUUUUACGACGGGUGCUUGGCGACGUACGCGCAGGCUUUGACUUCGGGGGGGGGCCUUCGGGCAGUUGCUCUGGCAGGCGCGCGCCACCGUCGACCCCGAGGAAAUGGCUCAGGAGGAGAUGCGGAGUUUCAGUGCCCUCGCAAGUCUGCUCGAUUCCCACGGCGACCUGGAUGA